UACUUAUAGAAUGCUGGAUCUGCACACAUCGUCUUUCAACGAUGCAUCACAAUAUGAGAAUCUUUCUCUUCAACGGGUUUCUUUUACUGGUUUUCGUCGUAGCCCCAGUACCGGAUGUUUUCGUGAAUUCAUCAAAAUCCGCGGAAAUAAUGGAUCAGAAUCCGCUUCCGAAUACGUGCCGCUACAUCACAGCUAAUUCGGUAUUGGAAGCGCGAUGCUUCCAAUUAGAAUCGCAAACAAUCGCAAUGUUAGAUUUGAAUCCGGACAUACAGGUGCUGAAUAUUACCGGGAGUUUGCUGUUCACAUUGAAUAACGACAGUUUGCAUCUAUACAAACUGGAAUUCAUCUAUCUACGUCACAAUAUAAUCAGUAUAAUCAGAAAGGCAGCCUUUGCCAAUCAGCUUUACCUGCAAGUGCUGGAUCUCACAAACAGUUUUUGCAGAAUUCUGCCCAAAAGUCUCUUCCAAUUACCGUAUCUUCACACGCUCUAUCUCGGCGAAAACUGGCUCACCGAUCGCAUGUUCAAUGUGAAUGUCACCUCGCCUCUCAGAAUACUGCAGCUGUCCGAUAACGAGCUAAGAGUGAUCCCGAACAUAGGACUCCAGCCGACCCUCCUUAAUCUCAACGUGUCCAAUAACUUCAUCACCUCAAUCAGAACCGAAGAUCUGGCGCCGUUCUGCUCGCUAAAUGAUCUCGAUCUGACCGGGAAUGAUAUCAGAUUCAACGCGCGCAGCUGCGAUUGUCAGACGUUUAACGCCUGGGUGAAGCUGCGUCAGAUCAAGAUGAAGCCCAAACUUUACAAAUGCCCCUAUUCAUCGGCUCUAAACAAGACCUGCGCCAACGUGAGUUUCAGCAAUCGGACGUACGAGCUGUUUAACGAGUGUUUGGCCAUGAUGCAGCAGAUGAUAGAGGAGGAAAAACCUCGAUCGGUUUGGUUAAUCUUCGCCUCGUGUGUCUUGGUAUGCCUCUUCAUCGUCUUCGUGACGUUGUUUUGCGUGCACAAUUGGAAUCGUAGACAGUGCAGGAAACAGCAGGAGCAGCUAACGAUGAUCUACAACAAUACCGAGCUGCUCCAACAGCAAUCUGACAAUAAUUAGUUAAAUAAUGGCUAAUAGAACAUAGAGUCCUGUAAAAAGGGCUGUUUUUGGCGUCGACAAUAUGCGAGAGUAAAAUUUACGCAAGA